AUUAAAGGCGUGCGCCACCACUGCCUGGCCCUUGCAAUGACUCCUGAUGUGUUGUUUUUAGAAACUUCACCUGGAGAUGUUGGCUGACCAGCCUCGCACGACGAAAUACCACAGUGUCAUCCUGCAGAACAAGGAGUCCCUGAAGGACAAGGUCAUCCUGGACGUGGGCUGUGGCACUGGGAUCAUCAGCCUCUUCUGUGCCCACCACGCACGGCCCAAGGCAGUCUAUGCUGUGGAGGCCAGUGAGAUGGCACAGCACACAGGCCAGCUGGUCCUGCAGAACGGCUUUGCUGACACCAUCACUGUGUUCCAGCAGAAGGUGGAAGAUGUGGUGCUGCCCGAGAAGGUGGACGUGCUGGUGUCUGAGUGGAUGGGGACCUGCCUGCUGUUUGAGUUCAUGAUCGAGUCCAUCCUCUACGCCCGGGAUGCCUGGUUAAAGGAGGAUGGCGUCAUCUGGCCGACCACAGCCGCAUUGCACUUGGUGCCCUGCAGCGCGGACAAGGACUACCACAGCAAGGUUCUCUUCUGGGACAACGCCUACGAGUUCAACCUCAGUGCGCUCAAGUAG